AUGGCAAAUCCAUUUUCAUCAUAUCGUCUUAUACAAGCUGAACGAAUUGUUAAAUCAAAUAUUCGUCCUAAUAAAAUUAAAGAAGAUCUAAUUAGUUUAAUAAGAAUUUUGGCUCCUUUUAAAUCUAUAGCAGUAUCAAACAUGCCUGAAGGAUCAUCUCUUAAUCGAGAUAUUGUUAAUGGACUUGCUGGAAAAGCUGAAAUAUUAGAUCUAUUAAAUUAUUUUGGAUAUAUUCGUCAUAAUAGAGAUGAAUAUGUUUAUCAAUCACCAAAAUCAGAUCGUGAACGCGAACGUCGUCUUAAUGGUAUUAGUGAAUUUCGUAGGUUUUAUAAUGAUCUUAAAAGUGCCAAAACUGGUUCUUUGAAUAAUUUUGAAGAAUUUAUUAAUAAUUCCAACAGACACUCUUAUUCAGACAAUAGUAGUGCAUCUGAUGAAGACCAAAAACCUAGAAAUUCAAGUUCCAGCACAAAAUUUGUACCAAAAACACUUCCUCGGCGACAAGAAGUUGAAACAGGCACUAAAGCAACAAUUGAAAUAGUUAAUUUAUUUAAGAAAAGUCUAGUAACACAAUAUGAUACACCUCCUACACUUGGCUUUAUUCUUCGAAAAUUAGCACUUGUAUCAUUUAAACAAAAGAAUCCACAUUCGAUUGAAGUUGGUGAUGAUUAUAUUGAUCAAACAAUUGAUCAAAAAAUACGUUUAUUAAAACAAUAUGAUAAUCAAAUGAAUAUUCCUCGUACAGAUGAUGUUUAUGUUGUAUGUUUAAUACGAUCGAAUUUUAAUGAAAAUGAAGCAAUUGAAAUGUUACAUCAUAAUCGACCAAAUUUAACACAACCUACUAUACAACCUGUUUCAAACCAAUCAACUAAGAUAUCAAUAGCUAACUCGGUGGAACCUGUAAAAAAACAUUGGAAAUUAUUGAGUACAUAUAAGAAUGAAAAUAAUUUAGCUCCACAAUUGUUACAUGAAGACGAUCAAUGGAGAAAUGUUCAGCAUCUCAUACCAGCUAUUCAAAAACUUCGACAAAAGAACAAUGAUACAGAUACGGAUGAAAUUUUCUUAUCGAAAAUGCAUCGUUUACUCUAUAGUGAAUUAUCGAAUAUAAUUGGUCGACAAGUACCUGUCAAAAUUGAAACACUAGCGUCAAUUCUAUGUGAAUUAUCAAUGGAAGCUAUUGAAAAUCUUGACAUAGCUGCCAUAAAAAAUAUUUUACAUUCACGUAAUGAUUUAGGAUUCUCUGAUAAUUUUCGAACAAAUGCAAUUAAUUCAUUAUCAAUAUCAUGUCCAAUAUGUCUUACGUCUUUUCCACGAAGUCAAAUGGAAACUAUGUUUUUAUGUGAUCAUAAAUGUUGUCUAGAAUGUCUUAAAAAUUAUUAUCGAAAUAAUAUAAAUCAAAUUCAAGAUUCUAAAUCAUUAAACAAAUUAACAUGUUUUUCCGAAGAACAUGAAAUAACAGGUGAUACGAAAAUGAACUUUUUUAUAUAUUUAGAAGCAAAACUCACUCAAUGGUUUCAUAAUGAACCUGAUAUUCUUAAAAUGUAUCAUGAUAAAAUAUUUUAUGCAACACGUGAUAAACAAAUUAAAAAGUGUGGUAAUUCGACAUGUAUCAGCUGUUUUUCUAUUGAUGACAAUGAUAAUAUUGGUUGUGUUUAUUGUCCUCAUUGUGCAUUUGCUCAAUGUAGACAAUGUUGUCGAAAAUGGUGUCCUGAACAUGCUGAAAUGUCAUGUAGUGAAUAUGAAGAAUGGUUAGCAGACAAUGAUCCUGAAGAUCCAAAUGUACAAACUUUAAAAUAUUUAAGUAGAACUGCCAUUGUAUGUCCUAAUUCGAAUUGUCAAUGUAUUUAUCAAUAUCAAGCAGGAGGUUGUGAACAUUUUACUUGUAAACAAUGUCAAACAGAAUUUUGUCGAAUGUGUUCAGCAUUAUUCUAUUCAUCCAAGAAAAAUACAAUAUGUCCACAAGUUAAUUGUACACCUAAGAGCGGCUUACAUGCUCAUUGUGCUCCGAAUUGUUUUCGUGAAACUCGUAUUGGUCAAACAAAUAUCAUUAUUAAAUUACUCAAUGAUCAUGAUAUUAAUGUAAUAGAAGAACUUGAACAGAAUGAAGUGUCCACUAAUAAUAUAUGCCCAGUUGAAGACUGUGAAAGACCAGCAUCACCUAUCGCUGGACAUCGAUUUUGCGAAAUUUGUUAUCAACAAUUUUUGUGUUCACUUAUUUGGCGUUAUGAAUUAGAACCAUGGGAAAUAUAUGAAGAUAAUAAUCUUCAACAAAUGCUUAUCAAAGCAUCCGUUACUAUUCCAGCAAACGCAACAAGACAAAAUUUAAUUGAAUUAUCUCAACAAAAUUUAAAUCAAUUAUUAGGUAAACCAAAAAAAAUAACAAAACCAAAAUUUUCAUAA